AAGGAGAGGGGUGAAAUAUAAGCUGGUUUAAGGGUAUUAGAAGGAGAGGAUUUGUCGUCAGAAAACACAAACAAACAUCACUUCAAGGUCGAACAAGGUCAUUCGAUUUAUCAUAACCUGACGAUCAUAGGAUUUUGAACAUGGAACCAAAAAGCACCUGUCAUAAGAGUGAGAGACCGUACACGUGUUGUCUGUGUGGACGAGGCUUCAGCCAUUCAUCUGGCCUGUCGAGACACAAGCGCAGUCACACCGUGGGGAAACCGUGGAAAUGUGGAGACUGUGGGAAGGAAUUCAACUACCCAUCUGAAUUGGAAACUCAUCGACGCAGACACACUGGAGAGAGGCCAUUCACAUGCUCCGUGUGUGGCAAGGGAUUCACUGCCUUAUUUGGUCUCCAGUCACACCAGCGAAUUCAUACUGAGGAGAAGCCAUUCAGCUGCACUUUCUGUGGAAAGAAGUUCAGCCAAUCAUCUGCCCUCACUGUGCACCGGAGAGGUCACACUGGGGAGAGGCCAUUCACUUGCUCUGUGUGUGGGAAAGGAUUCACUCAGUCAUCCCUACUGCUGAAACACCAGCGAGUUCACACUGGAGAGAGGCCGUUCACCUGCUCCGUGUGUGGGAAGAGAUUUUCUCAGUCAUCCCAACUGCUUACACACCAGCGAGUUCACACUGGGGAGAGACCAUUCAUCUGCCCUGAGUGUGGGAAAGGAUUCACUCAGUUAGCCAACCUGCUGACACACGAGCGAGUUCACAAGUGACUGCAGAGGUUGAAUUUUCUUGUUAAUGCCACUGUUAAAAACAUCUGGGGCUGAACCAUGUUCAUUCUGAUCAUUUAGGUUUGUUUCUGCUGAUGUUUGAUGUUAUUCAUGGAAGAUGGUGGCAUAGCGGUAAUGUCAGUAGACUAAUAAUCUCGAGGUUCAGGCUAAUCCUCUGGGAACAUUGGUUCAA